AUGGAAACUCUAUCACUGGCUGUCCACCCUACGCCGUCUCGCGUACAGCUUUCCCACUCGCCUGAGCCUGAAACAACCUCCGGACCAUCGAAGAAGAAGAAGAGGUCAAGGGAGGAGAAAGAAAGACGUAGAUUUGAUAAAGAAGCCAAGAGGGCCAGGAAGGGACUAGCAGAUACGAAUGAUGGAAAUCAAGUGUCUCCUCAAAAUGGCAGUGUAGAGAACGGUGAACAACGUGCCGCUAGGGAUGAAGAUAGUCGGAAAAUCAAGAAAAAGUCGAAGAAACAUAUUCAUCAAUCCUUAGCCAAACCACCUGUGACAAACGGAGAUACCGCAAACGACGAUGCUGCGCAGAACGAAGAGCCUGUAGAAGCUGCUACAGACAAACAUACCACGGAAAAGAAAAAAAGUAAAGAAGAGAAAGCGCGUCGAAAAGCUGAAAAGAAAGCUGAAAAGGACAAUAUCAAAGCGGAGCUCAAAGGUUCUCAACCGUUGAUCGAAACCAAUCCAUCGAGUAAAUCGAGUAAGAAACGUCAAGUAUCGUCAAAAGUCUCAAUACCACCUUCCUUACCACCUACUCGACCUAAAAAACGUGAACGAUCAACUGAUACUCCGUUGGUAUCCGUUUCACAAGCCGGACCAUCAACACCUAAAAAGCGUUCGAUGCUUACAGCCAAACCCGUUAGACAGCCUUCAUCAACACCUAAAAGUAAACCAUCACCAUCACCUGCAAAAUCAAGAGCGGGUAGCUCGAAAGGUGAUAAAGAAAACAAGGUUGAUGAUGCCACGUUGAAAGCGAGAUUGUCAGAUCAAAAUGCUAUUCAUGAAUACUUGGCUAAUACUUGGGUAUCAGAGAAAGAACUUGGUAGAUUGGAAAGAUUAGGUAUUCUGACUUAUAAAAAGGGAAGAUUCACAGAAUCCGAGAAAGUAGCUGUAAGAAAGGUACUGGAUAAUUACAAAAAGGUACACCGACUAGACGAUGAUGAGCUCAUCGAUAGGGUCAUGUCGACUACCCUUACCUUUCCUGCUGGUAGAGAGGAAUGGAGAUCUUUCUGGUUGGACUUAGCCGCCGUCGUCUCUGGCCGACCUGGGAAGUAUGUUCAAAGAAUUGUACAAAGAAUGUAUGAUCCCAACGGACAUAAAGGGCAUUUCACACCUGAAGAAGACGACAUGCUAAUCAAAGCAUAUGAACUGUAUCCCAACGAUUGGAGUAAGAUUGCAGAAAUUGUUGAAAGGACAUAUCAUGAUUGUCGAGAUCGAUAUACCAAAGAACUGCAACAUCGUCAUACUAGAUUGACUGGAUUAUGGACCCCUGAAGAAGAAGUGAAACUUCUUGAAUGCGUUAAAAAGAUGAAUAGAUCAUUGGGUCAUGAUGAAUUGGAAUCAGAAGGUAUACCUUGGGAAUUAGUAGUGAAAGAAAUGGGUGGGACAAGGACUGUAGUUCAGUGUAGAAAAAAAUGGACAGAUCAGGUUUUACCUAGUAAAGCUUGGGGAUGGGAGAAAGGUCAUGCUAGAGAAAAUGAUUGGAAAUUGAUCAAAAGACUUGAAGCUCUGGAUUACCCUACAGAGAAACACAUCAAUUGGAAAGAAGUCCAAGAUGAAAGUCUGAGUCAUAUGACUUCGCAUCAGGUCAGACAAAUGUACUACAGGAUGAAAGAUAAAGUCUCCGAUGCUGGGUCUAUGUCAUUUCAAGACUUGGUGAAGGAGUUUCACAAGGUAUUCUCAGAAUUCAAGACAGUUUACAGACCUAAACAUCCUAGUAGAAAUCAGAUCGAUUCUUCCGAUGAAGAACAUGAGAUCGACGAUGCGGAAAAGAAUGCGGACCAAAGCGAUAACGAGGACGACGAGAAAGAAGAAGAAUGA